AUGUGUGCAUCUUAUCAAGUCCUAUCGGAGAAGGAUUUCAAAGUCAUGCCUUGGAAGAACGGCAUGGGAACGACUACGCAAUUUUGUAUUCAUCCACGACAUUGUGAAUCUGUAUCUGAUGAUUUUACGUGGAGACUGUCGAGUGCUGUGAUGAAUGGUGGAGGUCCAUUUUCAAUUUUUGAUGGAUAUUCCAGAGUUUUAAUAUUAUUGGAUUGUCAAGAGAUGAAAGAAGUUGAUCAUCACAGUGAUGCAUCAGAAAAGUAUGCAAGCAUGUCAGCUAACAAUUAUCAAUAUUUUCUUCAACACCAUGAGAAGGAUACAACCACCAAAGCAGAAUUAAAAUUAAUGGAGCCUUAUGUUUUUUCUGGAAGUUUAAAAACGGAUUUUGAGAUUGUUCGAAACACAGAUUCUAAUGUCGCGUUACAGAUUACAGAUUUUAACAUCAUGACAAAAAAUGGUAGAGCUCAGUGUGACUUGGUGAAAUGUGUCAACACCCACUGUGACAACGACAGCUUGAUGAAAAUUAUGGAACUCGACCAAAAUUCAGAUAUUUCAAUUUUGGCUGAAGAGCGACAAUGGAAUCUUUUCAUCUAUAACGUUUCCAGAUCAUCCAUACAGGUGAAUGGUCUCAAAAAACCAUCCAAAGACGAGUGGAAUGGUGGUGUAGAAGAAAUCUGUCCAUCAUGUUUGUUGUGGAUUAAUAUUCAUCUCAAUUCAUCAUUGCAUGGUGUCUGA